UUUAAUAUUAUAAAAGUGUAAGUGUUAUGGCUAUAGGGGAAACAAUGAAAGCACCACUUUCGAGGUUCCAUUAUCAACACAGGGCUCUGUAAAGGACCAAUAGAUUUUCUCUGUGAAAAUAACACUUGACGGAAUUACAGCAGUUCAGGAAAUAUGGGGCCAGUUCAGUUGCUGUUCUUUUUACUAUUUUUCCAGUCAAUCUAAUAGCACUGAAGAAGUAUUAUAGAAAAACUAUUUUGCUGAUGAGAUUCGAGAUAGAAAAGGAUAUAAUGAAGUUGAGAUAGAUUACUACUUGAUUGUAUUAAUGUAAUAACAGUCUGCCAGCUCCCUAAACGCUUAUCUAAUUUAGCUAUUGAACAUUUUAAUAGAGACAUAUAUCAAAUCUAUCACACUUUUUCCUCUGCUUGGUAACUCUUUCAGGCUAUUGGGUCUCCUUAGGUUACUCUAGCUAUGGCCAUAGCAUAACUCUGAAAUAUUAAUGUAACCAGUUACUACUUCUGUCAAGCUAAGGUCAUCUGAAGAUGUUACUAGAUGUAGAUGUUACUAGGUGUAGAUGUUACUAGGUGUAGAUGUUACUAGAUGUAGAUGUUACUAGGUGUAGGUGUUACUUGGUGUAGAUGUUACUAGAUGUAUAUGUUACUAGGUGUAGAUGUUACUAGAUGUAGAUGUUACUAGGUGUAGAUGUUACUAGAUGUAGAUGUUACUAAGUGUAGGUGUUACUUGGUGUAGAUGUUACUAGGUGUAGAUGUUACUAGAUGUAGGUGUUACUAGGUGUAGAUGUUACUAGAUGUAGGUGUUACUAGGUGUAGAUGUUACUAGGUGUACAGCCCUGUGCUGUGAUUCCUUAAUGGUUUGACCCUUUGUAGGUGUACGUUAAUAAUAAUAUAAUAAUAUGCCAUUUAGCAGACGCUUUUAUCCAAAGCUUACAGUCAUGUGUGCAUAAAUCUUUACGUAUGGGUGGUCCCGGGGAUCGAACCCACUACCCUGGCGUUACAAGCGCCAUGCUCUACCAAUUGAGCUACAGAGAUGCAUUAACCCUAUAAUGCAUCUAUAAUGAAGUUAGCAUGUAAUAACUGUGUGUUCCAGGACAUGAUAUAAUGAACCAUGUAAUAACUGUGUGUUCCAGGAGAGUCAGUGGCUGGACAGUGUGUCUCUGCUGAUAAAGGACUCAUUUGAAGGAGAGAUGAUUGACAACCUCUCUGGAUCUGUCUUCCAUCACUACUCCUCUAGCUCUCUUCCUGUCUGGAAGGACUGCAAGAGCCACCCGCAACUAGAGGUAAACACAUGAACAAUGCAUAUGUAGACGCAUACACACACACAAACACACACACACACACACACACACACACACACACACUCAGUCACACACUUAGUUACACUUUUUAUUACCUUUCAAAUGUUCACACACAAGAACUCUGAACUCUGAAAUAUGCACAUAUGUAAAUUCAUAUAGAACACACUCGCACACACACACAUAAACACACACUAUCCCCGCUGCUAGUUGUGUCCAUCACAAUGAUAAAGUGGAAUGGGCCACUCUGGAAAGUAAUAACUGGGAUUUGAACCUCUUCACCUGUCCUUUCGGCCUGUCUGCAGAUGCUGUCAAACUAUCAAUCUGUCCUCUCCUCCUCUUUUACAUGCUCCACCCACCUCUGAUUUAUCAUGUCAUGACACUCCCUCUCUCUCUCUCCUGACGUCUCUGUCUGCCCUUCAGCUAUCUCCUGGGUUCUGUCGUUCCUGUGUGUGUGUGUGUGUGUGUGUGUGUGUGUGUGUGUGUGUGUGUGUGUGUGUGUGUGUGUGUGUGUGUGUGUGUGUGUGUGUGUGUGUGUGUGUGUGUGUGUGUGUGUGUGUGUGUGUGUGUGUGUGCGUGCGUGCGUGCGUGCGUGGUUUUGUGUUGUAAAGUAUGUGUGAUUGCAGUGAUUGUUGUGCCCCGGGGCAUGGAGAGACAACAACAACACUGAAUCUUAUUAAAAACUAUUUUAAGGGGACGGUGGGCAUGACUGCAUUAAGACAACACUAUAUAUACAAAAGUAUGUGGAAACCCCUUCAAAUUAGUGGAUUUCGGCUAUUUCAGCCACACCCGUUGCUGACAGGUGUAUAAAAUUGAGCACACAGCCAUGCAAUCUCCAUAGACAAACAUUGGCAGUAGAAUGGCCUGACUGAAGAGCUCAGUAACUUUCAAUGUGGCAUCAUCAUAGGAUGCCACCUUUCCAACAAGUCAGUUCAUCAAAUUUCUGCCCUGCUAGAGCUGCCCCAGUCAAGUGUAAGUUCUGUUAUUGUGAAGUGGAAACAUCUAGAAGCAACAACGGCUCAGCCGCGAAGUGGUAGGCCACACAAGCACACAGAACGGGAUCGCUGGAGCACGUAGCGUGUAAAAACGUCUGUCCUCGGUUGCAACACUCACUACCGAGUUCCAAACUGCCUCUGGAAGCAACAUCAGCACAAUAACUGUUCAUCGGGAGCUUCAUGAAAUGGGUUUCCAUGGCCAAGCAGCCGCACACAAGCUUAAGAUCACCAUGCGCAAUACCAAGCGUCGGCUGGAGGGGUGUAAAGCACGCCGCCAUUGGACACCGGAGCAGUGGAAACGUGUUCUCUGGAGUGAUUGAUCACCCUUCACCAUCUGGCAGUCCGACGGACGAAUCUGUGUUAGGCGGAUGCCAGGAGAACGCUACCCGCCUGAAUGCAUAGUGCCAACUGUAAAGUUUGGUGGAGGAGGAAUAAUGGUCUUGGGCUGUUUUUCAUGGUUCGGGCUAGGCCCCUUAGUUCCAGCGAAGGGAAAUCUUAACGCUACAGCAUACAAUGACAUUCUAGACGAUUCUGUGCUUCCAACUUUGUGGCAAGGGGAAGGCCCUUUCCUGUUUCAGCAUGACAAUGCUCCUGUGCACAAAGCGAGGUACCUACAGAAAUAGUUUGUCGAGUUCAGUGUGGAAGAACUUGACUGGCCUGCACAGAGCCCUGACCUCAACCCCAUUGGACACCUUUGGGAUGAAUUGGAACGCCGACUGCGAGCCAGGCCUAAUCCCCCAACAUCAGUGCCCGACCUCACUAAUGCGCUUGUGGCUGAAUGGAAGCAAGUCCCUGCAGCAAUGUUCCAACAUCUAGUGGAAAGCCUUCCCAGAAGAGUGGAGGCUGUUAUAGGAUCAAAGGGGAGACCAACUCCAUAUUAAUGCCCAUGAUUUUGGAAUGAAAUGUUCGACGAGCAGUUGUCCACAUACUUUUGGUCAUGUAGUAUAUAGGGUCUGUCUGGAAACAACCUAACAAAGGGACAUGUGAUAGGUAGGGCCCUGAGUUUCUCCUGACCACAUCAGGGGCCUUUAUCUCUGUUUCUCUGAACACGUUCCAUCCUCCCAGUCUAUUUUCCCUACCUUGUCUCUCUCUCUGUCUUGCUCUCUUUUUCUAAUUAUCUCCCCCUUCCCUCCCUCCCUCCUCCCUCCCUCUCCCCUCCUCCCCCCCUCCCUCUCUCUUCCUGCCUCCGGCGUACUGCAGUGGUAAUUUACUGGUGUAUAUGAGCCGUGAAUCUCUCUUUAUGAACCUCUUUGUCUCACUCACCCACAGGCACAUGUUCAUAUAUCGGCCCCCUCCCUCACCCCAUUGGAUUUCAAUUCUCUAUUGUUUAUGUGUCCAUUCUCUCUCUCUCAGUUUUAGAUAACUUUCUCUCUCUCCUUCACUUUCCCUCUCCCUUUCCCCCUCUUUUUCUCUCUAUCUAUCUAUCUAUCUAUCUCUCUCUCUCUCUCUCCCCCCCCUCUUUCUCCUUCUCUCUCCCUCUCUCUCCCUCCCCCUCUACAGCAGAUCCGGCUGGCAGAGAUAGAGCAGGCGUCUCUGAGGUCAGACCAAAUGUCAGACAAGUCGUCCUCUCCAGCCCUACCUGAUGACCUCAGCCUGGACGACCAGAGUGUCCACCAGCUGCUGGUGCGGGAGUGCAAGGUAGAGAUGGCGAGAUGGAGGGGUUAUAAAUGGGAAAGGGUGUUUUGGAGGGCAAUGGAGGGAGUUGAAACAUGGGACUGGGUAGCAGACCUGGGUUCAAAUAUUUUUGAGCAUGCUUUAGCCAUCCUGCAGUGCCAAUAGGGCAAGGUCUGCACUUUAGAGGCUAUUCCAUAAAUUCCAUUGCACCAGGCAAGUUCAAUGAAGUGCAGCUAAAGUAUUUGUAGGAUUUCGAAUACUAUUUGAACCCUUGUCUGCUCAGGUCUGAGGAUGGGGUGAUAGAGGGGAUGGACAGCGGGUUCCCUUGGUCUCCAGUACAGAAAGAAUACUUGCAUUCCAACAAAGGAAGCAUGACAUAAGGUUCCAGGGGCAUACGAAUGAAUCCUGAAUCCUGCUGAAGCUCUAAUCUCCUGUACAGAGACCUUCAGGAAUAGAAAUCCAUUCAAUCUACUGCCUCCCCUCCGGCCUGUGAGGGCUAUCUUCCUCUUUAUCCUCUACUACAUCGUUCCUCCCUUUCCUUUACCCCCCUCUGGCUAUUACACCUCUGUCUGCCCCAUCCCUCCCUAUCUUCCUAUCAUCCCUCCCUGAGCGUUAUCCUUCCCUCUAGUCAUUUAAUGCUGGUCAGAAGUGUGUGGGGGGUUGUGUAUGUGUAUGUGUGUUUAUACCCGUUUUACUAUACUUAUGAGUACCAGAAGUAAGACAUAGGUGUGUGUGUGUGUGUGUGUGUGUGUGUGUGUGUGUGUGUGUGUGUGUGUGUGUGUGUGUGUGUGUGUGUGUGUGUGUGUGUGUGUGUGUGUGUGUGUGUGUGUGUGAGUGUGAGUGAGAGAGAGAGAGAGAGAGACACACAGAGACACACACAGAGACACACAGACUCGGCUGUGUCCAGAUAGCACACAAGGCUAACAGGGUUGCUAUGGGGCAUAAUCAGUAUUCCAGAGGUGAUUUGAAUCAGAAGUGCUCAUAGUUGAUAGUAAUAUCCGGAUAAAGGUCCUAGUGGUUUCGCUUUUAUUUUAUUUAACUUUUAUCUGAACCAGGAAGUCCAUUACAGAUAAAGAAUCUCUUUAGAUAAAAGUGUAUGCUAGCAGGUUAGGAGCUUGGAAGCAAGCUGGCACUCCCUUCAGUACUGCACGCUAUCAUGCCCCACUCUACAUUUAAUUAUUAUAACAGACAACAUAAACAGGUACAGUGUGUGUCAACAUGUGUGUUUUCUCCCCCAGGAUGAGAAGGGCAGUGACUCCCAGGGCUUAGAGGAAGCUGGUGGAGGAGGGGGCUCCCUGACCCAGGCCCAGACAGGGGGGUCGAGGCACUGCAGGGCCCACAGUUCAGUAGCCAAAGAGGGGACUCCACUGCUGGUGGAGGUGGGGGUCCAUCAGAGACACGAGACCCCAUCCCAACACAGCCCUGGUGAGUCCAGUCAUACCCUCUGCUCCAGCCUCUCCAGCCUAAUGUGUAUUGCUGUGUGUGUGUGUGUGUAUAUCGGAGGGGUUGGGGAAGAAAGCAAUAUUUUUAUAUAUGCAUUCGGAAAGUAUUCAGACCCCUUCACUUUUUCUACACUUUGUUACAUUACAGCCUUAUUCUAAAAUUGAUUAAAUAUUUUUUUCCCCUCAUCAAUCUACACACAAUACCCCAUAAUGACAAAGCAAAAACAGGUUUAAAAACAGAAAUACCUUAUUUAUAUAAGUAUUUAGACCCUUUGCUAUGAGACUUGAAAUUGAGCACAGGUGCAUCCUGUUUCCAUUGAUCAUCCUUGAGAUGUUUCUACAGGCACAGAUCUGGGGAAGGGUAUCAAAAAAUGUCUAAAGCAUUGAAGGUCCCCAAGAACACAGUGGCCUCCAUCAUUCUUAAAUGGAAGAUGUUUAGAACCCCCAAGACUCUUCCUAGAGCUGGCCACCCGGUCAAACUGAGCAAUCGGGGGAGAAGGACCUUGGUCAGGGAGGUGACCAAGAACCCAAUGGUCACUCUGACAGGGCUCCAGAGUUCCUUGGUGGAGAUGGGAGAACCUUCCAGAAGGACAACCAUCUCUGCAGCACUCCACCAAUCAGGCCUUUAUGGUGGCCAGACGGAAGCCACUCCUCAGUAAAAGGCACAACAACCCACUUGGAGUUUGCCAAAAGGCACCUAAAGGACUCUCAUACCAUGAGAAACAAGAUUCUCUGGUCUGAUGAAACCAAGAUUGACCUCUUUAGCCUGAAUGCCAAGCGUCACGUCUGGAGAAAACCAGGCACCGCUCAUCACCUGGCCAAUACCAUCCCUACGGUGAAGUAUGGGGGCAUCGUGCUGUGGGGAUGUUUUUCAGCGGCAGGGACUGGGAGACUGUCAGGAUCGAGGGAAAGAUGAACGGAGCAAAGUACAGAGAGAUCCUUGAUGAAAACCUGCUCCAGAGCACUCAGGUCCUCAGACUGGGACGAAGGUUCACCUUCCAAUAGGACAAUGACUCUAAGCACACAGCCAAGACAACGCAGGAGUGGCUUCGGGACAAGUCUCUGAAUGUUCUUGCCAAAGCCCGGACUUGAACCCGAUAGAAUAUCUCUGGAGAGACCUGAAAAUAGCUGUGCAGCGACUCUCCCCAUCCAACCUGAAAGAGCUUGAGAGGAUCUGCAGAGAAGAAUAGGAGAAACUCCCCAAAUACAGGUGUGCCAAGCUUGUAGCGUCAUACCCAAGAAGACUCAAGGCUGUAAUUGCUGCCAAAGGUGCUUCAACAAAGUACUGAGUAAAGGGUCUGAAUACUUAUGUAAAUGUGAUAUUUCCGUAUUAUUAUUAUUAAUUUUUUGGGGGGGGCAAACAUUUAAAAAAAAAAAUGUUUUUGCUUUGUCAUUAUGGGGUAUUGUGUGUAGAUUUAAUUUAAUUUAAUCCAUUUUAAAUUUCGUAACAAAAUGUGGAAAAAGUGAAGGGGUCUGAAUACUUUCCGAAUGCACUGUAUAUGGACUAUCUUAUCUUUUCACAUUAACCAAACCUGCAAUAAAAUCUUCAAAUCGGUGUACGCGACCAGUAAACUUUGAUUUGAUUUGAACUGAGCUGAGCUAAGCUGAGCUGUACUUAGCCAGCCCAGCACAGUCCAGGUUGGUCCUACACUCUUAGAAAAAAGGGUCUUCGGCUAUCGCCAUAGGAGAACCCUUUUGUUUCCAGGUAGAAUUCUUAUGGGUUCCAUGUAGAACCCUCUGUGGAAAGGGUUCCACAUGGAGCCCAAUAGGGUUAUACCUGGAACCAAAAGGGUUCUACCUGGAAACAAAAAGGGUUCUUCAAACUGUUCUCCUAUUGGGACAGCCGAAAGAACCCUUUUAGGUUCUAGAUAGCAGGUAAUGUAUUUUUAAGAGUGUAUUCAUGGGUUGCACCUCCGUCGCUCAGUUGCGUCUUGACAUUUUUAUGAACGUUUUCCAGCCGCUCUCCGCCAUAGUGGUGCCCGAAAGUCGAGUGAUGCCCAGUCAUUCUGAACGGGUUCUAAUGACUGUUUCAUCUAAAUUACACUAUAGUGGCCUGGAAAUAUGAUGACAUUGCUAAAUUAGGCAAAUAAUUAGUGGGAAACAACUUUGCCAUCCUUAUCAUGUCGUAAAAUUUACUUUAGAGAGAUGGCAAUAUUGCCGUUAGCUAGCAAAAUGCGUAAAACAUUGCUAGCAAUGCUAACAUUACCUAGCUAAAAUUCGGUCCCCGCAAUCUUAGCUAGUUAGCUAAAGUUAUACUGCAUCUUAAGUCAGUCUGGCAACAUCACAAUGAUGACAACAGGUUUUCCUACUAAUUAGUUGCCUUCUUUUGAAAUCUUGUUUCCAAGCCACUAUAAUGCACUUUAGACAGAAUCUUCAUUAGCGCCAAUUGAGAAUGUAUUAAGUAGAACAUUCAGUCGGACGCAGUGCCUAAAUAGAAUCUUCAUAACAGUAUUUUUAACGCAACGUGCAAUCCAUGAAUAGAGUGAAUCAGACAUCACAGUACAGUGCAAUACAGUACAGUGGCAUUGUUGUACUCCCUGGAAUCAUCUGUAUUAUUUGCCUGGUCUUUGUUAGUCUAAUCAUCAAUAUCAGUAAUGACUGUUUAUCCCUACAGGCUAAAUGGAUUGUAUUUAUGUGGUGUUGUCACGCCCUGACUCUGAGUCAGGGUGUGUAUUUUUUGUGGUUAUGUUCUAUGUUGGAUUUUCUAUGUUUUAGAUCUAGAAUGUGUAGAUCUAUGUUGGCCGGGGUGGUUCCCAAUCAGAGGCAGCUGUAGCUCGUUGUCUCUGAUUGGGGACCAUACUUAGGCAACCUUUUGGCACCUGUUAGUUGUGGGAUCUUGUUCCGUGUGAGGUAUGUUAUUUGUCUACCUUGGACUUCACGUUUCGUUUGUUGUUUUUGUCGUGUGUUUAUUCGCUUAAUAAACAUGUAUGCUUAUCACGCUGCGCCUUGGUCCUUCUCGUCCGUAAACGAUCGUGACAGAAGAUCCCACCAUAUGAGGACCAAGCAGCAUGUCCAGGAGCAGACAGCCUGGACCUGGGAGGAGAUCCUGGACGGAAAGGGAUCCUGGACUUGGGAGGAGAUUCAGGCCGGGAUGGAUCGCCGUCCUUGGGAGGAGACAGUGGAGGCGCGAUAUAGAGAGGAGCAGCGGCAACGCGGAAGGCGCCGGCCGAGGAAGAAGCCCGAGAGACAGCCCCAAUAAUUUGUUUUGGGGGGGCUAAAAGGGUGGUUGGCGGAGCCUAGAGGUAGAGCAGAGCCAACUCCCCGUACUCACGCGAGGAGGAGUGUGACUGGGCAGGCUCCGUAUUAUGCGGAGCUACGUACUGUGUCGCCAGUGUUCCGGCACAGUCCUGUACGUCCUGUGCUAGCACCACGCACGUGUCGUGCGAAGAUGGGCAUUCAGCCAGGACGGGGUGUGCCGGCUCAACGCUCCUGGUCUCCAGUACGCCUCCUUGGUCCCGCAUAUCCUGCGCCUGUUCUACGAGCUGUAUCGCCAGUGCGCGUGCACAACCCAGUGCGUCCUGUGCCAGCGCCCCGCAUGUGUAGUGCGAAAGUGGGCAGCCAGCCAGGACGGGUUGUGCCAGCUCUCCGCUCCAGACCUCCAGUCCGCCUUCACAGUCCGGUCCGGCCCGUUCCUGUCCCUCGCACCAAGCCAGUGGUGCGCGUCGCCAGCCCGGUCCGGCCUGUUCCUGCCCCUCGCACCAAGCCAGUGAUGCGCGUCGCCAGCCCGGCCCGGCCUGUUCCUGCCCCUCGCACCAAACCAGUGGUGUGCGUCGCCAGCCCGGCCCGGCCUGUUCCUGCCCCUCGCACCAAGCCUGUGAGGCGCGUCGCCAGCCCGGCCCGGCCUGUUCCUGCCCCUUGCACCAAGCCAGUGGUGCGCGUCGCCAGCCCGGUCCGGCCUGUUUCUGUCCCUCGCACCAAGCCUGUGGUGCGCGUCGCCAGUCCGGUACGGCCCGUUCCUGCUCCCCGCACCAAGCCAGUGGUGCGCGUCGUCAGCCCGGUCCGUUCCUGCUCCCCGCACCAAGCCAGUGGUGCGUGUGUCCAGUCCGGCACGGCCCGUGCCUGUUCCACCGGUGCCUGGUCUGGCACCGGUCAGCUGCUCCACUCCGGAGCCAGAGCAAUCCGCUUCCACCGGGGUCCGGUCCAACUCCGGUCAGCGGAUCCACUCCGUAGCCAGAGCAAUCCGCUCCACCGGGGUCCAGUCCAGCUCCAGUCAACCGCUCCACUCCAGAGCCAGAGCAGUCCUCUCCACCGGUGCCUGAUCCAGCUCCGGUCAGCGGCUCCACUCCAGAGCCAGAGCAGUUCGAUCCACCGUCGUCGGGUCCAGCUCCAGUCAGCGGUUCCAGUCCAGACCCAGACGUCAGCCCCUCUCCAGGUUCAGGGUCUCCCACAUCAGGGUCCAGACAGGGCUUGGUACGUCGUGGGAGGAAGGAGAGGGCAAGCAGCGCGCCGAGGUCCAGACCAGACCAGGGGUGCAACAGGGAGGUGGAAAGUAAGUGGUGGUCACGCCCGGAGCCGGAUCCACCUCCGAGGCGGAAUGCCCACCCGGCCCCUACCCUGUUAUGUUUUAUGUGGCGCGGUCGGAGUCCGCACCUUUGGGGGGGGGGUACUGUAACGGCACCCCUGUACCUUCAGGCUCUGAUCAGUCCCUACACCCAAACGAGGACAUUGCGUUCAUCCACCUCUGGCCUGCUGGCUCCCCUUCCUCUGCGGAAGCACAGCUCCCCCUCAGCCCAGUCAAAACUGUUCGCUGCUCUGGCACCCCAAUGGUGGAACAAGCUCCCUCACGACGCCAGGACAGCGGAGUCACUCACCACCUUCCGGAGACAUUUGAAACCCCACCUCUUUAAGGAAUACCUGGGAUAGGCUAAAGUAUUCCUUCUAACCCCCCCCCCCCCCCCCCCCCCCCCAAAUUGUAAAGUGGUUAUCCCACUGGCUAUAGGGUGAACGCACCAAUUUGUGAGUCGCUCUGGCUAAGAGCGUCUGCUAAAUGACGUUAAUGUGCCCUUGAGCAAGGCACUUAACCCUAAUUGCUCCUGUAAGUCGCUCUGGUUAAGAGCGUCUGCUAAAUGACUAAAAUGUAAAUGUAAAUGUACUGUCAUGCCCUGACUCUGAGGACUUGUAUUUGUUGAGUCAGGGUGUGUAUUUUUUGUGGUUAUGUUCUAUGUUGGAUUUUCUAUGUUUUAGAUCUAGAAUGUGUAGAUCUAUGUUGGCCGGGGUGGUUCCCAAUCAGAGGCAGCUGUAGCUCGUUGUCUCUGAUUGGGGACCAUACUUAGGCAACCUUUUGGCACCUGUUAGUUGUGGGAUCUUGUUCCGUGUGAGGUAUGUUAUUUGUCUACCUUGGACUUCACGUUUCGUUUGUUGUUUUUGUCGUGUGUUUAUUCGCUUAAUAAACAUGUAUGCUUAUCACGCUGCGCCUUGGUCCUUCUCGUCCGUAAACGAUCGUGACAGGUGUUUCACUCGGGAUCUAGAUGGAAUAGUAUAUUUGCCUUACAGCCUUUCUCUCUGUCCCCAGGUGGGGCCUCCUGCAGAAGCACUAAGGCAGGAGAAGGAUCAGAUGAGGGAGGAAGAGGAGGAGGAGGAGAAGGAGGAGGAGAAGGAGGAGGAGGAGGAGGAGGAGGAGGAAGAGAAGGAGCGGCCAGUGCCUCUGGUUCUCCUGCUCUUAUCCGUCUGCCAGCGGAGUUCUUCCACCCUGUGGCAGCAGCGGCCCUGCCGGUGCCCCUUAGGGCCAGAGUAGGGCGCACCUCGCAGGGUCUCAGACUCACCUCCCCGGCCUCCUGGGCCUCCCUGCGCUCCCCAGGAGCCCACAGCCGGGUGCUCUGCACGCAGGUAAGACCUGGCUGUAUGUAUGUAACAGACACCAACACACUGAAUAGUGUACAUCCUAUAGGGUCUAAUGUUAGAUCGAGAAAUGUACACAAACCUCAGGCUUCCCUCUGAUUGGCUAAUGUAUGUGUCCACCCCCUUGUUACCUUUAAUGAGUGUCUGCCACACUGUUUGGUGCUGUUAUGACCCUUUUGUGUUGUACACCAUAGACUGCCACCAGACCAACCAACAGACUGCACAGUACACAUUGCACAUCCUACAGUAUAGUCAGCCAAACAUGGACUCUAACGUUGUUAUAUAUUACAAUAUCUCACUCCACAUCUCCACCCUGCCCCUCUCUCUCUGUCCUCAGUACCCGUCCCAUAGUGACUCGUCUCUGGCCACGGGGAGCUCCGAUGGCAGCCUCCAGACCACCCUGGAGGAAGGACUCAGCUUCAGUGUUUCGCCCCCUCAAGACCUGAAGCCCCCUCUCCCCCUGCUCUGCCCCCUGCCCCACCCGCUCCCUGAGGACUCCACCAGCUGCCCACCAGGCCAGACUCUGAGACCGCGGCCCAGCCCCUCGUCAGGCCCUGCCCUCACCCUCCAGGCCACUCGGGGCCACCAGCGGAGCCAGAGCAGCGGCAGGGGUAGCAUCAGCCCCGGCUACACCCGGGAGGACUCCAUGAACCCCGAUCUGUGCGACCUGGAGGACCUGGGCAUCGGGAUCAGUUCGUCCAUCGGGGGGUGUAGCUCCAGCCAGGCGGGCAACAGCGAACACUUGUCGGAGACGCUAAGCAGCCUGUCGCUCACAUCGUUGCUCUCGCCCGCCUCCCUGGCGCCCCCAGGGGUGAAGAAAUGCAACAGCACGGGGAGCUUGGACCAGGGGGCGAGGAGGGGGGAGGGGAGACAGAUCCUAGGAUUGGAGUUGGACUCCCAGGGCUUCCUGGCCAACCCGUGGGGAGAGAGUGGGGGAGGCAGAGGAGAGGAGGGACAGUUGGGAGAGGCAACGGGCCUCAAGGGGAAUAGCUCAAGCCAAACGACAGUAGGGUCCUGUAGUAAAAACAGAUGAAGCCUGAAUCCUUUGUUGUCUACUACCACUCCUAUUAGGAUUCAUCAACCCAUACUGUUCCUCUCUGUCCCCCUCAGGCAGAGAGAAGUUUGACGUUUUUGACAACGUGUGAUGUAAUCCCGUGAAUUCCUAUAACCAAACCCCUCCCUCUCUCUAUAUAUAUAUUUAUGUUUAUGACCCCCCUGUCCCAUUUUGUGCUACCCUGUGGCAGUGGUUCAGGUGUGGAGGGUCAGAGGUCAAACGGUGGAAGGUUAAAGGGGAUUACAGGUGUGACCCCUGUGGUGGGGGAUGGGAUGGACCCCCCAUUGUACCCCUCUGGAGGAGAAGGACCCCCAGAGUAGGAGACAGACCAGGAGGGCUGCAUCAUCAUAUCAGGGAGAUAUACAUAGAAGACAUAGACAGAGACAAGCUGAGACAGAGAUCUAACGAGAACAUUUUUGUCUUAUCAUCGUUCCUGUUUUCCUGUUUGUUUUCCUUUUUUCUUCGGCUUCACAGAAGUUUAAAAUGCAAAAAUAGAAUAUCUAAAAAAAAAACUGAGCUGAUCAAGCCAACAGUGUGGCUGUACGUCGCGGUGUAGGAGGAGGCUGUAUGUACGUUGCGGUGUAGGAUGAGGCUGAAUGUACGUCACGGUGUAGGAGGAGGAAGUUUCUCCUGGAGGGCAGAAGCCAGAUCUAAUUCCCAUCUGUUGUGGCAGACGGAGGCUACAGGUCCUUGUGUGUGGAGUGGAGGAGGGCUGAGGAGGCCUCGGUUGAACAGAGGUAGUGUAGAGUUCAGUUGAGAAGGAGUGCUGAGACUUAGGUAGCAAAGGCAUGCAUUAACUUAUCAUCACCAUCACCUAACCCCUUCCCUCCAUCGGUACUUUUCAGGAAGGUGUGUGUGAGUGUGAGUGUGUGUGUGAGUGUGUGUACGUGUGUGUGUCUAAGUGAUAGUACAACAGGAAAAAGAGAGACCAUACUAAGAUCCCACUCCUGCAUGCAGUGGUUUGUGAAAUGGCUAUUUGAUCCCAGCGCCACUCACUCAGAGAGGAGAACAGGGAAUGAAUAAGAGAGACAGGACAGCCUGCUAUAUCCACUCACAGUAGGAGAGCCUCUCUGUCAAAGACACUGGCCCUCCUGAGACAAACAAACUGAGGUGAGGAGACGAGACGAGCACCAUUCACUCUGGGAGAUGAAAAACUCACACCUGCAUACAGUUGCUUCACAAUGGGAUGUGUGUGAAAUUCAAACCUGUCACUUCUUUCUCUUUGUCACUUUGCGAAAAUAAGGAAGGAAGAAUAUAUCAGAGAUAUGAAUUCCAGACCACUAGAGCCUCCUCCUAGAAGAUGGAGGCAGUUUGCCUGCAUGAUGGAAUUAUUGCAUUUUACCAAGAGUUUUAAUAUAUAUACCGAAGUGUAUCAAGAUGUCAAUGUUGGGAUGAUAAUUAUAAAGUGGUUUCUAUUCCAAUAUUUUUUUAGAAUACAGAAUAGGAGCGCGACAGUGUUGUCAUGACUUUGUCCUUAACCUAUACCUUACCCGUACGAUUUCUCGUAUAACUUAUUGUCGAAAACCUUUUGUCUGCAAGUGGCUUUCAGUUUUAUAAUGUGGGGUUAAAAAUAUAUACUUUUUAUUAUUAAAAGUGUGUGGAGAGAACAAACAAGCAAAAAAAUAAUUAAAUAAGCUCUGUGCGCUGAAGAAAAAGUUCCCUUGGGCACACGGAACUUUGGGAAUUUUCGUUCCUCCUGGAAUUUUGGAUUUUGGAAUCCCAGAUGAAGACAAAAGGAGGGAAGGGCCAUAAUUUCGCAGCACAGGAGAACAUUUCCUAAUCACAGACAUUCCAGGGACGAACAGGGAAAGUUGUUGCUUAGCUUAGCCUUCUAUGCUAACACCAAGACGAAAAAACAUUGCUGAUCUUUUUGAAAGCUUUAAUUUGAGUGUCAUACAAUACAUAAUGACACAUUGAAUUAUUGACACAUCAAUGUUCCUUAGCAUGGUUAUGGGAUUGCAAUAGGAUGCUUCUCCUUGUUUAAAAUAUACGUAAUGCACUCACCCCUUCUAUCUCUCUCUCUAACACACAUCUGUAGUAGCAAACCCUAGUUUUGAUAUCAAGCUGUCACUGUAACAAUUAAUGAACUUUGCAUAUUUUCCCAACUUUUUGGUAUGCCACUCAGUACCUCUGAGAUGAAGUGGCCAUCUUAGCCUGACCUAGAAUACACUCUUGUACUCCUAGUGUUUUUUUUGUGUGUUUUUUUCUCAUUGAGGUGAUGAGCAAAGUUUGGUUUGACCUGUUUAAUGAACUUCAUUGCCAUUUAAUUUCAUCACAGGUGAUUUGUCUUUAACAUGUUUGUAACAUGUGGGAUAUCGGGUGAGUGAUUAUUGCUAUGGGUUGUCUGUUACUAUAACUUCAGGAGAUGCCACUUUAUUAUUAUAGUCCACACCUGGACCGUCUUGGUUAAUGGUGGUGGGAAUAGGUAGAAGUUGCCCCUAACCACUGAUACAGGGUCAGAUAUUAGUUAAUCCCCUUAAUGUUUAAGGUUAGAAUAAAGGGUUGAGUAAUCUGAUCCUAGAUCUGUGGUUAGGGGCGACUUCUACCUCAAGGUGUUUUAGAAGUAAAACAUGAGUGUGUGGGUUGACAGGAACCAUAACGAAACCUUGAAGGGCUGUUUUAGCUUCAAAGAUGUUCUCAUAAAUGACGAGACAAACCUCUUAAGUCAAUGACUAUGGCAUCAAAGGUAAGCCUAAUGGCACAGCAAUAAAUGUUCUAUGUGUUUGCCCUGAGUACAUGAUGUCAUAGUAGUUCUUAUCUCACCACAGUAUAAUUGUAGCCUGCUGUAUCAUGCCCUUUUUCUGACAAAACAACAAUGUCCUUGUGGAGUUUUUCUGCCUUCUGAACUAACAGCCAAUCAAAAUACAUUUCUGACUUUCCGGAGACCAAUCAGGAGAGAGCUGGGCUGCCACUGGAUCAGAUGAACACGAGGUCAUUUAGAACUCAGGGUCGAGGGAUCAAACCACUAGAGAAUAAAGUGUACAUAUGUCAACAGAGGAAUUUCCAGUGAGAUGGUACAGUACUUUAACACACAACAUGCUACAAUGCACAGUGCCUGAUGUAUAUAUACAAUCUGUACAUAACUUUUACUGUAUGCUAUGCUAUCAACAAUAAUGACAACACCUAAAAUAUAUGCAGUUUGUGGAGAUUUAAAGCAUACAACCAAUCAAACCUUUUAUUUUACAUGAUAGAUCCACAGAUACAAGUGUUAUUGUAUCAUGGAACGUGAAGGGAAUGAACAAGCCAAUGAAGAUCCACAAAAUAUCACACAGUGGACCAUGGAUUUCCCCACAUGUGCAGGGUUCAGAGAGAAACUAGCAUUGACAGGAAGCAUUUCCCUGACAUGAAUCUGACAUGUUCCCGUUCUCCACCCAACAGCAGAAACAUGUUAGCUAGUACAGUCGCUGUAACAUAUUAGUCUGAGAUAGUGACCUCACUCAGAGAGUGACUGCUUUGGUUCAGGGGAAUUAGAAUACAUAGACACCAUAUCUGACCGGGUGUAGAGGGUGUGGAGGGUGUGAGGGGUUGUUGGAGGUGUGUGUUGUAGAGGGUGUGGAGGGUGUGGAGGGUGUAGGGGUGUGGAGGGUGUGAGCAGGGUUUCUCAAUUCCGGUCCUGGAGGGCCGAACACUUUGGUUUUUAUGUCUACUGGUAGUUUAAUUGAUCACCUGGUGUCGGUCUGAAUUGCCUGAUUAGAAGGGUAGGAUGAAACAGGAGGGUUUGCGGCCCUCAGGACGGAAUUGAAGACCUGGUGUAGAGGGUGUAGAGGGUGUAGAGGGUGUGGGUGUAGAGGGUGUAGUGGGUAUGGGGGUUGUGGAGGAUGUAGAGAGUGUAGAGGAUGUGGAGGGUGUGGAGUGUGUAGAGGGUGUGUGGAUUGGUGGGUCAUUGGGUAGGUAACAUACUGUAUCUAGCUGGACAGAGUGUAUAAUGCAGAGUGAAAUGAGAAGUAAGGGGAGAAUGAGAGAUAGAAAGAGAGUGAAAGACAACAGGUUGUUAGCAUUGCCUGACUGCAGGGCCGGCUCCAUUUAUAAGCGAAUUACCGACCGGGCAUGAAGGGCACGUGUCCAGGAGCCCUGACCUUCAGGGGGGCCCCAUUUGAUUUUGUUAGCCACUCUCACUCAGAUAUAAUUUUAACAUGGCAAAAUAAGUCAUGGCAAAAUGUGUUGAAUUUCAGGAAAUUAGCUUUAAAACGUUCUCUCUGCCCCAUGGCCAAAUUAGUAGAAUUGCAUGAAAUGUGUUAUAAAAUUGGAAAAUGUUCUCUCUAUCCCAUGGCAAAAUGUGUAGAAUUACAAAAAACAUUUUCCCUUUUUGGGGGGCUUAGGGCCCCCAAAAGGCUAGAGCCGGCCCUGCCUGACUGAGCCGGUGGUGCAAGAGCACAUUACGUUCUUCAAAUGUCACAGUGGGGGGUGAGUGUGUGUGCCUUCUAUCUGCACGUGGCCUGUUGCCAAAGUUCAAAUCUCCCCUAGAGACUGAGGGGUUGAGGCUGGUUGUAGCUCUGUCUCAUUACUCUGCUACUCUCCAUGCCAGACCAAGGUUCCCAGGUCAGUGUUAUUGACCUCUAGGUAGCCUUCCAUGCCAGACCCAGAAUCCUAGACACAGAGGCUGUUGAAAGAGACUAAUCCCAGGUAAAACAAGACCAAGGUCAUUGAAGAGCUCUGCAAAGCUCAGGGACAUUAGACAGACAACCUCAAUCUCCAUAAACUCAAGUGUUUGAUAGAUUUUUCUCUGCGAACAGCAAGGUUGGACGCACUUCUACUAUGGCCUGUCGGAGCCUAGCAUUGGUUUUAUAAAAUGCACUAUGUCUUCCACAUUUUAAUCAUACAGGCCAUAGUUCCUCAUCUUCAGAAAACCUAUAACGAGUACAGGAGUAGCUGCAGGGAAAAAAAAGGACCAGAGUAUUUUAAUCCUCGUUCACAUACCCCCCUUAAAUAAAGUUCUCAGCUCAGAUUUUAAAUCAAAGUGAUUUUCUCCCGGCUUCGACGUUGGACUUGAUUAAAGUGGAUGAUGGCAGACUUCUUUUCAAAGCAGGGAACAUUUUCUGGUGGAGACAGGUUAGGUAAAAUUAGGAAUUAAGGAGUCAGCCCAGAGCCCUGAGGUCCCUUCAAAUGGUCUGAGCACCAAAUGAGUUCCAACCAUAUUUAUCUCAUUACUGGUUCAGCCCAGGCUACAGAGGCAAGGGUGUAGCGAAACUUCUGACAUCCCCGUAACUUUUGGUGUUUGAUCAGGAAAUGGUGGAUGUGAGGUAAUUAGAGGUGUUUUACAGUGCUUGUAGCCUAAUGAGACACUUAUGGUGAGAAGGAUGGUUUUAGAUAAGAGAAGGGGUGGCGGCGAAAUAAGUUUUGAAAACAGAGAAGAUACGCUGUAGUAAAUUGCUAAUAAAGUGCUACUGUGUAUUCCCUUGGAUCAUCAUGAUCUACAAUGGGUUACCAAGUGAUCUCCGGCUGUCUACAUUAGUAUUUUAAACUCGUAUCCUUUUUGGUGUUUUGGAGGUGGCUCAUAUUGUUUACUUCUCAUAUGUUAUAUGGUGAACGUAUUCUUUGAGGUGAAGGAGUAUUUGGGGGAUAUUUUAAUUAAUUCAAUAUUUAUAUUUUCCCUCCCCUCUCUCCUUCCUUCCUCCAAACCCUCCCCCCCUCUCUCCUCCCUCCCUCCCUCCCUCCCUCCCUCUCGUUCUCCCAGACUAAGUACUUGAUCACAGCUGUGAGAAACCUUGCCAAAAAGCUCACACUUCCACACACCUGAGGCCCAACACACACACACACAUGCGCACACCCUCGCGUCAAGGCUGCUUAUGGAAAACCGCUGCUUUCUUCCGUCAAGGCCAUGUGUAGAGCCCUGCGAGUUGUCCAGGCCCAUUGAUUUAACCAGCGACACCAGAGACAAAGAUAAAGGAAGAUUAUAGAAGCAGCACAACAAAAGGAUCAGUGAACCAGCAGACAAACUGAGUAACAGAGGACUGAAUGAGAUCAGGAAAUGGCUGUCGAUCCACAACCCUGAAGAGAUUUCAACGGAAACCAAAAUAUGUUCUGAUUCUCUCUCACUCCCCCUCUCUCCAUCUCACUCUCUCUGAUUUCAUUUUAGCUCUGUAAAGGUGGUAUUUUCUAGCGUUCUAUACAACCAGACCUACGCAUUGUCUCCAGUUCAAAAGGCCUGUGAAUGAGCUGAUGUUGGUAAUGACGCUUUGAACUUGCCGUGCUAGGCACCUGGUUUUUCUGGUGCUCUCGCUCUCUCGCUCUCUCUCUUUCUUUCUCUCGUUCUCUCUCUCUUCUCUCUCACUUUCUCUCUCUUUCUCUCUCUUCUCUCUCUUUCCUCAUCCUGUGUGGUGUUGAGUAGACUAAUUGGAGGGAUCCAGCCCACUGUAGCACUGGGGCGGCAGGUAGCUUAGUGGUUAAGAGCGUUGUGCCAGUAACCGAAAGGUCGCUGGUUCGAAUCCCCGAGCCGACUAGGUGAAAAAUCUGUCGAUGUGCCCUUGAGCAAGGCACUUAACCCUGAUUGCUCCUGUAAGUCGCUCUGGAUAAGAGCGUCUGCUAAAAUGACUAAAAAUGUAAAAAAUGUAGCAGGUAUUGCGAGGGAGUGUGGUAUAAAACCAGGGAGUGUGUUAAAAGUUUAUCUGAGGAUCAGUGGUGAAUAUGGACAAGCUGAUGUGAUUUUAUCCUUCUGGACUAAAUUUGUCCCCUCUCCCUCUCUUUCUUCCGAUCUCCCUCUCUCCAUAUCUCUCUUUCUCCCUUCCUCUCAGAGGUAAAGUCAUUAGUAAUGUAAGAGUACCUAUGAAAAGGAAACUGGGAGCGAUAAAUAUGUGGGAUUAUUUGCUGAAUAUGCUGGUUUCAUAUGUUAGAUGGAUUUCAUUAUAGUUAUCCGUGGUUAAUGUUCAUAGUAUCUCUGGCUAUUGUAAGACAACGCUCACAGCUGGUUAAAGAUAUCCAACCCAUGACAUUGUAGGAAAUGUAUAUAUGUGAAAUUGAUAUUCUGUAAAGAGUUAAAAACAACCUCCACCUUUGAAGUUUUCUGUAACAUGAAGCCAAAAUGUCCUCAAUUUAUAUAUACAUUGAAAACAGCAGGUACUAUCACAGAAUGGUAAAGUACUAUGCUUACACUGCAGUAAGCAUGCUUAAUUAGCAUAUGGUUGUAGCAUGGGCGCUUAUUAACAUGCAAAUGUUAAACAAAUUAUCUGAUGAGAUGCUAAUGUUGUUUUGUUUGAGGUGCUGUUGUCUCCCCUCUCUCUCUCCAGACAUACCAUAUUUCUUCCAGGCAGUCCCAUGAAGUGUCAAUAUUCUUGUUAUUAAGUGUGCCCAAGCACGGCGCUUAGAUUGAAUUACAGAGUUACGGCAGACCUCGCCAGCACGCAAGUUAAGAGGACCCUAAAAAUCCAAAUGUUAUUGUUUACAAGAUAAAAACUGGAGGGGGACAGGUAGGGAUGGAUUUAACUGCAUCCUUCAAAUAAAUGUCACACAGUUGAAUAGUUGGAUACAGCUAGUGUCCAUGCAGAGUCCAUCAUCAAGUUUGUUUUUAACUCGAGAGUUUCGUAACAGUGCUUUUAAAUCAUUGUUUAUCUUCUAUCCGAGAAUAUCAAACACAAAGCGGGACAUUUUGUAAUAUGGCUAUCAUGUGUUGGUUUUGUAAUUAUUUUAACCUUUUGGAAUUUAGAUUAAACAUACUUCAAAGUCUCUCUCAUUUUUACAUUAAAGGCCUAGUUCAAAUCUGGUGAUAUACAAACAAGUAGGCCUACUCUUUUAAUUUAGUUUGGUUGACAUUAAAAUAAUAUUAAUAUAAAAUAGCAAAACAUAUACAUUCUGUACCCAUAAGCAUGCAGGUUUUAGCAUGUGUUUUAGCUUUUGGACUCUUGGUUCAAAAUGACAUAAGAUGAUCAAUGGAUGGUACUAAUACAGAUCAUAUUGAUAUUCACCUGCUAAUCUAGAUCAAUAGUAGUUCUUGAUUUCUCCUACUUUGCGUCUAGGCAUACUCAAUGUACAUCUUCUUUAGAGUGGCCCAAAGUCAGCGAUUAACUAUGUCCCACAAAUUCAAAUUCUCCCUCUCUCCACCCCCCUCCCCCUCUCUCACUCUUUCUCACGUUCUCUCAUCACUCUCUAUUUUAUCCCUUCUCCCUCCCUAUCUCACUCUCCCCCAUCCCUCUAUCUCUCUCUCUAAUUGGCCAUGGUGGCUGUGUAGGUGUAACCAAUAACGGGUCCCAGUCAGAGUUUCAAUUAAAAAGUGGUGUGGUGAUAUUGAAAAGGGAUUAGCCCACAGAUUGUUUUUGCUUGGGUUGACAUUAGCUCAGUGGAAUCCAAUAAUAACUGUCUGGCGUGUGUUUGGGGGGGAGAAAACAAUAUUAGCUUCAAUUUAACGCUACUAUUUUAAACUCAAUACCGAAAUUACACAGAUGGCUUAUUAUUAUUUUAAAGUGAAAGAGGGAUAGUCUACUCUAUAUAGUGCAUUCAGCUGGUAAUUGCAUCACACUUGACAAUAAGACAGAGCCUAUAUGAGGUAACACAGAUUUCAGGUAACACAGUGACUGUUCAUUUGCCUGGACCCACCUUGGUUUCUAAGCACAUACAGUAUCCUAGGGUUCUAUUCCGUCUGUAUCACUGAAGCGUUACAGAUUGUGCGAUAGGUUAGGUCAAAUGCUGGUUGGCCUCUCUAACCUCUAGGCUAGUACUGCCCCACUGUGGGGUCCCACUGUGAACAUAAAUGGAGAUUGAGGAGUGCAGCUUUAAUGGUUCUUACAUUGUGCUGGCUAACAUACAUUUAGAACGUUCAGUUCUGUGUGAACGCUGCAUCGAGGCCAUUACCAGCCAGCUCAGUGCUCCAACAACUUCAGUUGAGGAAAGUUUCUGUGAGACUCAUUGCUCACUAACAUCACAUAUUUAUCAUGGUGAUUAGGAGGUCUAAGUUAGUGGUGUGUUGUUGGUUUUAGAAUGUUCUCUGGUAGAGCAGUAUCGACAUGGGGUCUGGGAUGUUUACCUACCAGGCUCUGUGUGAGAGAGAUCUAUUUUUCUAUUCAGUGGCAUCUCUGCAUGCCUGCAGACAAUGACAGUGGCAGUGCAGCAGACACCGUGUGUGUGGGUGUGUCUGUGUGUGUCUGUGUCUGUGUGUGUGGGUGUGUGUCUGUGUGUGUGUGUGUCUGUGUGGGUGUGUCUGUGUGUGUCUGUGUGGGUGUGUGUCUGUGUGUGUGGGUGUGUCAAUGCUCAUGGCGCUAUCUCUUUCCUCAAACACACACAUGAGAGGUCUCUUUCCACCCACAGAAUGGUGUCUGCUGUGUUGCUACUGUCAUUGUCUGCAGGCAUGCAGAGAUGCCACUGAAUAGAAAAAUAGAUCUAUAUCAGAAAAGAGAGAAAGAGAGGAUGAGGGUGAAGGGAUGGAGGAGAGAGAGAGAGAGAGAGAGAGAGAGAGAGAGAGACAGAGAGAGAUAG